UUGUACACAUCGAAGAGAGUGCAAAAUGUUCGAGAAACCCUUAGAUGCUUUUAAUUGAUAAGGGUGGUUUAGACCUCAACAUAGCUGUACACCCAUAUCUGUAGUACUUUUGGACCUUUUGAAAGCUUUUGACAAAUCUUUUCAGUAUUAACUUGAAAUUGAACUGUUAAUGAGGUUCUCGAUCGGGAACUUGGGAAAUAAUUCUUUAUUCGACGUAAACAAAACUAAAUUUUUUAUGACAACUGAGUCGUAAAAAAAGCGCCCCAUAAAGUUACUCGCAUUAGUCAGUUCACGGGCGUGAAGUAACUUUGUGUGAAGUUUUCUGGUUUCCUGAACAACAGCGGCACAUUUCAUUUGGACUUGCUUGGAACAUACCAUUGGCCCGUUAGAACUGACAGAAAAACAUAUCUUAGCAUUAUUUUAAAGCCUUUAAAGAGAAAAGAGUUCUAACUCAUAUUCGUGCAAGGACGCGUGAAAUUCUUUGUCCUCUCAAGUGAAACCAGCAGUCGUGAGCCAAUGCAUAUCUUUUUUCUACCCGCUUAGACAGACGUCAGUAUUCGGUUGUAAUACAUCCAAACAUGAUCAUAGACCAUAAACAGGAAAAAUAUAGAGUGGAAACUAAACAAAUCGAAGUGCGUGCAAAGCUAAGAGAAGUAUCGAUUAUUCAAUUGAUGUUUGUACCUUUAAUACAAUUUGCAUUCUAUUUUCGUUCUACACCGUUAGCUCGAUAAUAUUUUAAAUAAAUAUCAGCCCCGUUUAGCGGAAAGCAAGGACAUCUGUUCGAUGCCCUGUAGCCGAUUUCAGGUCUGCUAAAUACAAAUAAUCGCAAAAGUAUUGAGAAAAAUGUGGCUUUCCUGAAAUAAACAGCACAGCCUAUUGUCUAAAUGUUUUCGGUUUUUCGACAAAUAAACUCAGAUGACAACAUCUUGGCGUCAAAAGAAACGGUUGAUCAAACAUGUAUACAUUGUGAGCUGUCAUGUGUAAAUUUCAGCUGGAUAGAUUCCAAGACUCUUUGAUCAAGGCCUUUGCGCCAAAAACUAAAUUUAAAACACUUAUUUUUGAUACGAUGUUUUAAAUGAAUCUUGGGCAUCUGGUUUAGUCAGGGUUUCCACGAUUGAAAAAUGUAACUGCUCCCGAGGGAACUGUGCCUACACAUGCAAUCAGCAGUUUGGCGAGGAACGCUCUUAUAUUGGGUCUGCUAUGAAAAUUUGUAAACUAAAAAGCAUCUCGAAUGUGCCCAAGGCUAUCUAUCUUCAAAAUUUUAACCUCGAAUUCGAUACACAAGUUUAACGCUACGACGAAGCUCAGUAGAGGGUCUUCUGUUACAGACUUCAGACUAAAAAGUAUUCAGGGAGACCACCAUUAAAUCCGAGAGCAUCCGAUUGUUUCGGCACUUGUUUCACCCGCCGAGAAAAAUUAACGAAAAAACCGAAACGUCACUGAAAUCGAGUUCCCAAACGUUUUUUUCGGCGGAGACAAACGACAGCCGGAAAUACGUCUUCGUUCGCGGGCUACCGUUAUGAUUAGAGUCAUUUUUAAUGGAAUGUUCAAAAUUACCUUCAAAUCAAGGAAAACCUUACAGAAAUGGUUAGCUAUGUUAGAAGACAAUUCAAAAGGUAAUAAUAAAUCGAAAAGAAACACGAAAGGUUAAAUUUGUGGAAAAAGAAAGUUAUUCCAUUUCUUCCGUUCGCCCUUUCAUCAGACGUCAGUUCCCAUCGGCCAUUCCUGAUUUUACGCGCUCCGUUGUCACGUGACUUUCCUUGGAGACCUUGACACCGCCGUGUUGAUUGUAAGAGACUGUUGUUCUUUUGGACGCGCCGAGACGACAUCUUUUUUGGCAAUUUCUCCAAACGCCACAGUUUUCCAAAGUGUCUUAAUAUGCGGAGUGUAGAGGACACUUGAUGCCUGCUUUCAAUUCCUCGCCAGAUGCCGCGAAGCCGGCUGGCAAACUCACGUACACAUUCGCGCCUUCUCUGCUGAAAGCGAAAUCGCACAUUUCUGCGUUGCCAGCGAUUCCUCCGCAGGUUGGCACGUUAUCAAGGACAUAUCGAUCCAGAGUUCCUGCCAAAUUAGCUACAGUUAGCUUGGUUGGACGGAGGGAUCAGUCAAAAAAUGCCCCAAACGUAUUUUUUGAGGAAAAAGAGGAUGAAAACUUUGCAAGUCUAGAAGAAUGUUUACAGUCACGCCCUCCAAUGCGGCUAGACUUGACGGGUCCUAAACCUACAACCUAUGACCCCCCUACAAGUCUACCUUGGGUAACAUCAUCACCAUCUUAUACAAUGAGACCCAAGACUCAGCCAGAAAAAGAUAAAGGGGGUGAUAGAGUAGCAUGGACCAAACAGUGGAUUGCCAGUCCUGAUAUCUGGACAUACAGGGCAAACUUUGAUAGCAGGUAUACCUGGCCAUCUCCAGCUCACUACACCUCAAGAACUACUGUUGGUAGCCCCCAGUUUACCUUGCCAGAGUCUCCAUCACACACAUUUGGCAAGAGGGGAGAAUUCUGUAUAUCCAAGAAAGGUGCAGAGGAUGAACCAGCUCCAAACCAAUACAAUUACAACAAGGCAAAGGAAAAGUGCAUGAACAAGUCACCAUCAUACACAAUUCAACAAGGCAGAAGGGGUGGGGCUGUGUUUUGGAUGGCAAGAGAGCCCGUCCCAGGUCCUGGGUCCUACAAUCCUCGAGUAUAUCGCACAAGCAGCAAACGUUGUGCUCCAGCAUUCACUAUCUCCAGAACACCGAGAGAGAUUGGAAUCACACAAAACUGUACCUUGUAAAAAGAGGUGUGAGAUCAAGUUGACUUGAAUCAAUCCCAAUGGUGGACUCAGUGAAGAUGACUUGUUUGACAGCAGCCAACAGAUUUGAAUGUUGUCCAUGGACAAGGAAUGUCUUUGAUCCAAUAGGCAUUUGGGCUUGCCUGUUGAAGCGUGAUGUGUCACGCAACGUCACAUCACAAACAAUUGCGUUAUGAAGGAGCAAAAAACAGUUGUUUGUAUCUUGCAGGACAAACAAGACAGAGUUGUCUUUUUUCCUCCAUAAUUUUUAGAUUUCCAGUAUUCCAACAGAGUGGAAGAUAUGAGCUUGAAUUGUAAACAGUGUUUUUCGAUUGUUUAUACAUUUGUGCAAUUUGACGUGUGACAUUUGAAUUUUAAGAGUACUAUUUAUAUGCGGUAACUGAACAAAUUAUUAUGUAAUUUUGUAGUUGUAUUUCAUAUUGCGCAGAUUUAUAGAUUUUAUAUAUGCAUUGUUUUGAAAUAAACGAAAUAGCGUCUUGAGUUCCCAA